AUGGAUAUUAAAUUAGAACAAGCUAAAUCACCACCUCCAACUAAUCCAGAAUUAAUGGUAAAGAGUCCAACUUAUAGUAGAACUAAAGAAAGAAGAAGAGAAGAAACAAGUGAAUUAAAUCAUGAAUUACAUAUGAGAAAUGUAUCUGAAAAAGCAAAAUUAGAAAUUGAAAGAGGUCAAGAAAACGUAGAACGUGAAAGAAAAAGAAUGGAUGAUGAAUUAAAGGAAAAAGGUGUAGAAUUAAACUAUGAACUUGAAAAAGGUCAAGAAAUUCAUGGCAAAUAUAUCGCUGGAAUAAUGAAUAAAGGAAAAGAAGAUGUUGACCAUUCUUUCAAAGUACAUGAUGAAGUAAAGAAACAACGUCAAGAACAAAAAUAA